GAAGAUGUGUCUAGUGAUAAUGGAGAUGUCUCUAUGUGAUAAUGGAGAUGUCUCUACGUGAUAAUGGAGAUGUCUCAACGUGAUAAUGGAGAGUCUCUACGUGAUAAUGGCGAUGUCUCUACGUGAUAAUGGAGAUGUCUCUAGUCAUAAUGGAGAUGUCUCCAUGUGAUAAUGGAGAUGUCUCAUGUGAUAAUGGAGAUGUUUUACGUGAUAAUGGAGAUGUUUCACGUGAUAAAGGAGAUGUCUCUACGUCAUAAUGGAGAUGUCUCUACGUGAUAAUGGAGAUGUCUCUACGUCAUAAUGGAGAUGUCUCUACGUGAUAAUGGAGAUGUCUCUACGUGAUAAUGGAGAUGUCUCUACGUCGUAAUGGAGAUGUCUUCUACGUGGAAUAAUGGAGAUGUCUCUACGUGAUAAUGGAGAUGUCUCUACGUGAUAAUGGAGAUGUCUCUCGUGAUUAAUGGAGAUGUCUCUAUGUGAUAAUGGAGAUGUCUCUACAUGAUAAUGGAGAUGUCUCUACGUGAUAAUGGAGAUGUCUCUACAUGAUAAUGGAGAUGUCUCUACGUGAUAAUGGAGAUGUCUCUAUGUGAUAAUGGAGAUGUCUCUACGUCAUAAUGGAGAUGUCUCUACGUGAUAAUGGAGAUGUCUCUACGUGAUAAUGGAGAUGUCUCUAUGUGAUAAUGGAGAUGUCUCUACGUGAUAAUGGAGAUGUCUCCAUGUGAUAAUGGAGAUGUUUCUACGUGAUAGUGGAGAUGUUUUCACGUGAUAAAGGAGAUGUCUCUACGUGAUAAUGGAGAUGUCUCUACGUCAUAAUGGAGAUGUCUCUACGUGAUAAUGGAGAUGUCUCUAACUGAUAAUGGAGAUGUCUCUACGUGAUAAUGGAGAUGUCUCUAUGUGAUAAUGGAGAUGUCUCUACAUGAUAAUGGAGAUGUCUCUACGUGAUAAUGGAGAUGUCUCUACGUGAUAAUGGAGAUGUCUCUACGUGAUAAUGGAGAUGUCUCUACGUGAUAAUGGGGUGUCUCUACGUCAUAAUAGAGAUGUCUCUACAUCAUAAUGGAGAUGUCUCUACGUGAUAAUGGAGAUGUCUCAAAUGUGAUAAUGAAGAUGUCUCUACGUCGUAAUGGAGAUGUGUCUACGUGAUAAAGGAGAUGUAUCUACGUCAUAAUGGAGAUGUCUCAAACGUGAUAAUGGAGAUGUCUCUACGUCGUAAUGGAGAUGUCUCUACGUGAUAAUGGAGAUGUCUCUACGUGAUAAUGGAGAUGUCUCUACGUGAUAAUGGAGAUGUCUCUACGUGAUAAUGGCGAUGUCUCUACGUGAUAAUGGAGAUGUCUCUAAGUCAUAAUGGAGAUGUCUCCAUGUGAUAAUGGAGAUGUCUCCAUGUGAUAAUGGAGAUGUUUCUACGUGAUAAUGGAGAUGUUUUCACGUGAUAAAGGAGAUGUCUCUACGUCAUAAUGGAGAUGUCUCUACGUGAUAAUGGAGAUGUCUCUACGUGAUAAUGGAGAUGUCUCUAUGUGAUAAUGGAGAUGUCUCUACGUGAUAAUGGAGAUGUCUCUAUGUGAUAAUGGAGAUGUCUCUACGUCAUAAUGGAGAUGUCUCUAUGUGAUAAUGGAGAUGUCUCUACGUGAUAAUGGAGAUGUCUCUACGUGAUAAUGGAGAUGUCUCUAUGUGAUAAUGGAGAUGUGUGCAAGUGAUCCCAAAUGGCACCCUAUUCUUUGAAGCCCCUUUUAUACCUGGUUCUAACAUGCAUCCUCUGUCCUGAUCUAGUCCUCAUUCUGAUUGUGCCCACAUUUCUAUACAGGUGUAGACCUAGUGUGCUGGUCAAAUGUAGGGCACUACAUAGGGGAUAGGGUGCCGUUUGGGACGCAUAAUAUAUAUGAUGGGGUGUGAUUGCUGGUAUUCAUAUUGGGUCCUGUAUAUUGGUCCUGUAUAUUGCUGGUAUUAUAUGGGUCCUGUAUAUUGGGUCCUGUAAUUGGUCCUGUAUAUUGGUCCUGUAUAUUGGUCCUGUAUAUGUCCUGUAUUGGUCCCUGUAUAUUGGUCCUGUAUAGUGGGUCCUGUAUAUUGGGUCCUGUAUAUUGGGUCCUGUAUAUUGGUCCUGUAUAUUGGGUCCUGUAUAUUGGGUCCUGUAUAGUGGGUCCUGUAUAUUGGGUCCUGUAUAUUGGUCCUGUAUAUUGGGUCCUGUAUAUUGGUCCUGUAUAUUGGGUCCUGUAUAUUGGGUCCUGUAUAUUGGGUCCUGUAUAUUGGGUCCUGUUUAUUGGUCCUGUAUAUUGGUCCUGUAUAUUGGGUCCUGUAUAUUGGGUCCUGUAUUUUGGGUCCUGUAUAUUGGUCCUGUAUAUUGGGUCCUGUAUUUUGGGUCCUGUAUAUUGGUCCUGUAUAUUGGUCCUGUAUAUUGGUCCUGUGUAUUGGGUCCUGUAUAGUGGGUCCUGUAUAUUGGUCCUGUAUAUUGGGUCCUGUAUAUUGGUCCUGUAUAUUGGUCCUGUGUAGUGGGUCCUGUAUAUUGGGUCCUGUAUUUUGGGUCCUGUAUAUUGGGUCCUGUAUAGUGGUCCUGUAUAUUGGGUCCUGUAUAUUGGUCCUGUAUAUUGGUCCUGUAUAUUGGUCCUGUAUAUUGGUCCUGUAUAUUGGUCCUGUAUAUUGGGUCCUGUAUAUUGGUCCUGUAUAGUGGUCCUGUAUAUUGGGUCCUGUAUAGUGGGUCCUGUAUAGUGGGUCCUGUAUAGUGGUCCUGUAUAUUGGGUCCUGUAUAGUGGGUCCUGUCUAUUGGUCCUGUAUAUUGGUCCUGUAUAUUGGUCCUGUAUAUUGGUCCUGUAUAUUGGGUCCUGUAUAUUGGUCCUGUAUAUUGGGUCCUGUAUAUUGGGUCCUGUAUUGUGGGUCCUGUAUAUUGGUCCUGUAUAUUGGUCCUGUAUAUUGGUCCUGUAUAUUGGGUCCUGUAUAUUGGUCCUGUAUAGUGGGUCCUGUAUAGUGGGUCCUGUAUAGUGGGUCCUGUAUAUUGGUCCUGUAUAUUGGGUCCUGUAUAGUGGGUCCUGUAUAUUGGGUCCUGUAUAUUGGUCCUGUAUAUUGGUCCUGUAUAUUGGUCCUGUAUAUUGGGUCCUGUAUAGUGGGUACUUUAUAUUGGUCCUGUUUAUUGGUCCUGUAUAUUGGGUCCUGUAUAUUGGGUCCUGUAUAUUGGUCCUGUAAAUUGGGUCCUGUAUAUUGGUCCUGUAUUUUGGGUCCUGUAUAUUGGUCCUGUAUAUUGGGUCCUGUAUAGUGGGUCCUGUAUAUUGGGUCCUGUAUAGUGGGUCCUGUAUAGUGGGUCCUGUAUAGUGGGUCCUGUAUAGUGGGUCCUGUAUAUUGGUCCUGUAUAUUGGGUCCUGUAUAUUGGGUCCUAUAUAUUGGUCCUGUAUAUUGGUCCUGUAUAUUGGGUCCUGUAUAUUGGUCCUGUAUAGUGGGUCCUGUAUAGUGGGUCCUGUAAAGUGGGUCCUGUAUAUUGGGUCCUGUAUAUUGGUCCUGUAUAUUGGUCCUGUAUAGUGGGUCCUGUAUAUUGGUCCUGUAUAGUGGUCCUGUAUAUUGGGUCCUGUAUAUUGUUUCCUGUAUAUUGGUCCUGUAUAUUGGGUCCUGUAUAGUGGGUCCUGUAUAUUGGUCCUGUAUAUUGGUCCUGUAUAUUGGUCCUGUAUAUUGGUCCUGUAUAUUGGUCCUGUUUAGUGGGUCCUGUAUAGUGGGUCCUGUAUAGUGGGUCCUGUAUAUUGGUCCUGUAUAUUGGGUCCUGUAUAGUGGGUCCUGUAUAUUGGGUCCUGUAUAUUGGUCCUGUAUUUUGGUCCUGUAUAUUGGGUAAUGUCUAUUGGGUCCUGUAUAUUGGUCCUGUAUAUUGGGUCCUGUAUAGUGGGUACUUUAUAUUGGUCCUGUAUAUUGGUCCUGUAUAUUGGGUCCUGUAUAGUGGGUCCUGUAUAUUGGUCCUGUAUAUUGGGUCCUGUAUAUUGGGUCCUAUAUAUUGGUCCUGUAUAUUGGUCCUGUAUAUUGGGUCCUGUAUAUUGGUCCUGUAUAGGUCCUGUAUAGUGGGUCCUGUAGUGGGUCCUGUAUAGUGGGUCCUGUAUAUUGGGUCCUGUAUAUUGGUCCUGUAUAUUGGUCCUGUAUAGUGGGUCCUGUAUAUUGGUCCUGUAUAGUGGUCCUGUAUAUUGGGUCCUGUAUAUUGUUUCCUGUAUAUUGGUCCUGUAUAUUGGGUCCUGUAUAUUGGGUCCUGUAUAGUGGGUCCUGUAUAUUGGUCCUGUAUAUUGGGUCCUGUAUAGUGGGUACUUUAUAGUGGGUCCUGUAUAGUGGGUCCUGUAUAUUGGGUCCUGUAUAUUGGUCCUGUAUAGUGGGUCCUGUAUAUUGGGCCUGUAUAUUGGGUCCUGUAUAUUGGUCCUGUAUAUUGGGUCCUGUAUAGUGGGUCCUGUAUAUUGGGUCCUGUAUAGUGGGUCCUAUAUAUUGGUCCUGUAUAUUGGUCCUGUAUAUUGGUCCUGUAUAUUGGUCCUGUAUAUUGGUCCUGUUUAGUGGGUCCUGUAUAGUGGGUCCUGUAUAGUGGGUCCUGUAUAUUGGUCCUGUAUAUUGGGUCCUGUAUAGUGGGUCCUGUAUAUUGGGUCCUGUAUAUUGGUCCUGUAUAUUGGUCCUGUAUAUUGGUCCUGUAUAUUGGGUCCUGUAUAGUGGGUCCUGUAUAUUAGGUCCUGUAUAUUGGUCCUGUUUAUUGGUCCUGUAUAUUGGGUCCUGUAUAUUGGGUACUUUAUAUUGGUCCUGUAUAUUGGUCCUGUAUAUUGGUCCUGUAUAUUGGUCCUGUAUAUUGGGUCCUGUAUAUUGGUCCUGUAUAUUGGUCCUGUAUAUUGGGUCCUGUAUAUUGGUCCUGUAUAUUGGGUCCUGUAUAUUGGGUCCUGUAUAUUGGGUCCUGUAUAUUGGGUAAUGUCUAUUGGGUCCUGUAUAUUGGUCCUGUAUAUUGGUCCUGUAUAGUGGGUACUUUAUAUUGGUCCUGUAUAUUGGUCCUGUAUAUUGGGUCCUGUAUAUUGGGUCCUGUAUAUUGGGUCCUGUAUAGUGGGUACUUUAUAUUGGUCCUGUAUAUUGGGUAAUGUCUAUUGGGUCCUGUAUAUUGGUCCUGUAUAUUGGGUCCUGUAUAUUGGGUCCUGUAUAUUGGGUCCUGUAUAUUGGGUCCUGUAUAGUGGGUCCUGUAUAGUGGGUCCUGUAUAUUGGGUCCUGUAUAGUGGGUCCUGUAUAUUUUUCCUGUAUAUUGGUCCUGUAUAUUGGGUCCUGUAUAUUGGUCCUGUAUAUUGGGUCCUGUAUAUUGGUCCUGUAUAUUGGGUCCUGUAUAUUGGUCCUGUAUAUUGGUCCUGUAUAUUGGUCCUGUAUAUUGGGUACUUUAUAUUGGGUCCUGUAUAGUGGGUACUUUAUAGUGGGUCCUGUAUAGUGGGUCCUGUAUAGUGGGUCCUGUAUAUUGGUCCUGUAUAUUGGUCCUGUAUAUUGGUCCUGUAUAUUGGGUACUUUAUAGUGGGUCCUGUAUAGUGGGUACUUUAUAGUGGGUCCUGUAUAGUGGGUCCUGUAUAUUGGGUCCUGUAUAUUGUUCCUGUAUAGUGGGUCCUGUAUAUUGGGUCCUGUAUAGUGGGUCCUGUAUAUUGGGUCCUGUAUAUUGGUCCUGUAUAUUGGGUCCUGUAUAUUGGUCCUGUAUAGUGGGUCCUGUAUAUUGGGUCCUGUAUAGUGGGUCCUGUAUAUUGGUCCUGUAUAGUGGGUCCUGUAUAGUGGGUCCUGUAUAUUGGUCCUGUAUAUUGGGUCCUGUAUUUUGGUCCUGUAUGGGUGUUUUUUAGUGCUGGUUCAAUUUAAUUAUUUUCUACACCUGCAGACUUUUGAUACACUUUAUACAAAAGGUGUCUCCACACCUUUCUCUACACCUUAGUUCCUCUGUAAGCUUGGUGAUAUGUCUUCAAUGUUGAAAAGCUGCGUACGCCCUCAGAGCAAGCACAACAUGCUGUAAUAGGAAGUAGUCUGUAAGGUAUUGAAAAGAAAUGGCUCAGAAGGUGUUUAUUCUAUCAUAGUAUCUCCUCUAUAAUAAGCAGUCCUCCCCAUUGUGAGGUUGAUGUGAAAGAUGUCAGGGGUUUCACUAUAAUUAGGACCUCAGGGACAUCUUGAGGAAAAUCAAUUUCAUAUUUUAUCUCUGGCUUUACAUACAGAAAUUACUUUACAGUGGGUCAAAUACCGUAUACAUCCUCUAUACAGUGGGUCAUAUACAGUAUGUAUCCUCUUUACAGUGGUUCAUAUACUGUAUGUAUCAUCUUUACAGUGGGUCAUAUGCAGUAUGCAUCCUCUCUACAGUGGGUCACAUACAGUAUGUAUCUCUACAGUGGGUCAUAUACAGUAUCUACCCUCUUUACAGUGGGUCAUAUACAGUAUGCAUCCUCUUUACAGUGGGCAAUAUGCAUUAUGUAUCUUUACAGUAUGUAUCCUCUUUACAGUGGGUCAUAUACAGUAUGUAUCUUUACAGUGGGUAAUAUACUGUAUGUAUCCUCUUUACAGUGUGUCAUAUACAGUAUGUAUCUUUACAGUGGGUCAUAUACAGAAUGUAUCCUCUUUACAGUGUGUCAUAUACAGAAUGUAUCCUAUUUACAGUGGGUCAAAUACAGUAUGUAUCCUCUUUACAGUGGGUCAUGUACAGUAUGCAUCCUCUUUACACUGGGUCAUAUGCAGUAUGUAUCCUCUUUACAGUGGGUCAUAUACAGUAUGUAUCCUCUUUACAGUGGGUCAUAUACAGUAUGUAUCCUCUUUACAGUGGGUCAUAUACAGUAUGCAUCCUCUUUACAGUGGAUCAUAUACAGUAUGUAUCCUCUUUACAGUGGGUCAUAUACAGUAUGUAUCCUCUUUACAGUGGGUCAUAUACAGUAUGUAUCCUCUUUACAGUGGGUCAUAUACAGAAUGUAUCCUCGUUACAGUGGGUCAUAUGCAGUAUGUAUCCUCUUUACAGUGGGUCACAUAUAGUAUGUAUCCUCUUUACAGUGGGCCAUAUGCAGAAUGUAUCUUUACAGUAUGUAUCCUCUUUACAGGGGGUCAUAUACAAUAUGUAUAUCUACAGUGGGUCAUAUGCAGUAUGGAUCUCUACAGUGGGUCAUAUACAGUAUGCAUCCUCUUUACAGUGGGUCAUAUACAGUAUGUAUCUUUACAGUAUGUAUCUCUACAGUGGGUCAUAUACAGUAUGUAACCUCUUUACAGUGGGUCAUAUACAGUAUACAUCCUCUUUACAGUGGGUCAUAUAAAGUAUGUAUCCUCUUUACAGUUUGUAUAUUCUUUACAGUGGGUCAUAUGCAGUAUGUAUCCUCUUUACAGUGGGUCACAUAUAGUAUGUAUCCUCUUUACAGUGGGUCAUAUACAGAAUGUAUCCUCUUUACAGUGGGCCAUAUGCAGUAUUUAUCUUUACAGUAUGUAUCCUCUUUACAGUGGGUCAUAUACAGUAUAUAUCUUUACAGUGGGUUAUAUACUAUUUGUAUCCUCUUUACAGUGUGUUAUAUACAGUAUGUAUAUUUACAGUGAGUCAUAUACAGAAUGCUUCCUCGUUACAGUGGGUCAUAUACAGUAUACAUCCUCUUUAUACUGGGUCAUAUACAGUAUGCAUCCUCUUUACAGUGGGUCAUAUACAGUAUGUAUCCUAUUUACAGUGGGUCAUAUACAGUAUGCAUCCUCUUUACAGUUAGUCAUAUAUAGUAUAUAUCCUCUUUACAGUGGUUCAUAUAUAGUAUGUAUCCGCUUUACAGUGGGUCAUAUACAGUGUGUAUCCUCUUUACAGUAUGUAUCCUCUUUAGAGUGGGUCAUAUACAGUAUGUAUCCUCUUUACAGUGGGUCAUAUAUAGUAUGUAUCCUCUUUACAGUGGGUCAUAUACAGUAUGUAUCCUCUUUACAGUGGGUCAUAUACAGUAUGUAUCCUCUUUACAGUAUGUAUCCUCUUUACAGUGGGUCAUAUACAGUAUGUUUCCUCUUUACAGUGGGUCAUAUACCGUAUGUAUCCUCUUUACAGUGGGUCAUAUACAGUAUGUAUCCUCUUUACAGUAUGUAUCCGCUUUACAAUGGGUCAUAUGCAGUAUGUAUCCUCUUUACAGUGGGUCACAUAUAGUAUGAAUCCUCUUUACAGUGGGCCAUAUGCAGUAUGUAUCCUCUUUACAGUGGGCCAUAUGCAGAAUGUAUCUUUACAGUAUGUAUCCUCUUUACAGUGGGUCAUAUACCGUAUGUAUCUUUACAGUGGGUUAUAUACAGUAUGUAUCCUCUUUACAGUGUGUCAUAUACAGUACGUAUCUUUACAGUGGGUCAUAUACAGAAUGUAUCCUCUUUACAGUCGGUCAUAUACAGAAUGUAUCUUUACAGUGGGUCAUAUACAGAAUGUAUCCUCGUUACAGUGGGUCAUAUACAGUACGUAUCUUUACAGUGGGUCAUAUACAGAAUGUAUCCUCGUUACAGUGGGUCAUAUACAGUAUGUGUCCCAUUGAAAUUGAAAUGAACAAACUCACAGCUUUUGCGAAUUUUGAGAUCUUCUUAAAUGCUUGCCUAACAGUAGUGUAAUGAAAAACAACUGCACUACAGUGACUUUUCCAUCGAAGAUACUUGACAGUAUGUUGUUUUUAAGUCACUAAUAGUGUGUUUCUCCAGCUAGCCCAUGACAGUCCAUUCAUCAGCUUCACCCAUCCAUUGCCUUUUUCAGCAGCGAUACCCUUCAGUCUGUAAAAGCCUCCAGGCUGAAAGCGGAAAGCCUUGGACAGCGUUGACUGUCAGACAGAAGGGUGGGCAUGUAGUGCAGUGUUGUGUCGUAAUUAAACAAUCAAUUACUUGUCUAGAUGAUUGAAUACUUGUCUGUUCUGCGGCUAGCACCUCGCUGUGCUUCAGGGGGCUAUGGGAGGGAUCUUCCUCUUUAAUGAGGCCAUGUCUCUCAGCAGACUGCUGACAAGGUGAAGUCCACUGGUUUUUGUGUCCCGAAUGGCACCCUAUUCCCUACAUAACACACUACUUUUAAACAGAGCCCCAUGGGCCCUAGUCAGACGUAGUGCAGUAUUAUAGGGACUAGGGAGCCAUUCGGGAAGCUGUCCUACCCAACCUUAUCAAACUGCUGCCGUCCUUGUUCCCUAGUUACCAUCGGCUUCACUUGUUGAGCUAAAGGUGCAUUGUCAGACUGACUAGACAGAAGGGAGAAACAGCCUUUGGUUGGUCCAUGACUGCGUUUCACAUGGCACCAUAUUCUACAUUUUACAUUUUAGUCAUUUAGCAGACGCUCUUAUCCAGAGCGACUUACAGGAGCAAUUUGGGUUAAGUGCCUUGCUCAAGGGCACGUCGACAGAUUCUUCACCUAGUCGGCUCGGGGAUUAGAACCAGCGACCUUUCGGUUACUGGCACAACGCUCUUAACCCCUAAGCUACCUCUGUAUAGUAUGCUACCUUUGACUAAAGUCCUAUUGGCAUCGGUCAAAAGUAGUGCACUAUAUAGGGAAUAGGGUGCCCUUUGAAGGGGGAGACCAUCUCUGUUUGAUCGUUGAACAUUCCUCUGUCCAGCAGCUCAUAUCUCCCAUCCCUCUGCUGUCUGUCUGCCACAGAGCAGACUGCACUGUGUUUAACACUGUGCUCUGUGUGUGAUGUGAUGCACACAUGUGAUGCUACAGUAUGUUAUGAAAGCAUCAUACAAGCACAGGUAAUUCUGUUGGUGUUUUUUCGGUACCUUAUUUCCAGUGGGUUCAUCCUCAGCCCCUAUACAGUCUACUAUAGACAUGAGACCAUAUAAAUAUAAUCUAUACAAUCUAUUUGGAUGGAUGAGAGGCUUUAUUGUCAUACGAUGGUGAAGGUGGUCCUCCUCUGUUUUUGACCCCAGGUGUGUUGUGUUUUAUGGAUGAGUACAGAAACAUAAUGGUAACACUACAUGGUAUAAUACACACAUUAUUUUCCGUAGGUUCCUCCUCAGCCCCCUUUACAGUAUACUAUAGACACAGACCACAGAAUUGAUUUAAUAUGGUGCUAAAGCAGGUUCUCCUUUGUUUUUGAUUGAUCUCACCUCUCAUCUCCUCCCCUCUCCUCCUCCUCCUCUCCUCCCCUCUCCUCCUCCUCUCUCACCUACUCCUCCUCCCAUCGCCUCCCCUCUCUCCACCCCUCUCCACCUCUCUCCUCCCCUCUCACCUUUGCUCCCCUCUCCUCCCCUGUUCUCCUCUCUCCUCCCCUCUCACCUCCCCUCUUCUCCCCUCUCCUCUUCUCCUCUCUGUUCCCUCUCACCUUUUCUCCCCUCUCCUCCCCUGUUCUCCUCUCUCCUCCCCUCUCUUCUCCCCUCUUCUCCUCUCUGUUCCGACUUCAGAUGAGUCCCAAGACGCUUGUGGGGGUCGUAGAGCAAAACGGAGAACACCAUCCUGUUCGUGAGUCUCAUAUUUCCAUAGAGGGGUCUCUAGCUUAAACUGACAGAUUUUUAGGAGGAAUGUUAUAUUAUGCUAAUUAGAUUUCCACGGGGGUGUAGACAUCGACCUUAGGGGUUUAACAUUUCAUUACACACGCUGAGUCUCUCAAUGGGAGAGUGCAUGGUGCCGACUGUUCCGUCAUUACAGUAGAACACCUCCCCUCUCACCUCCUCUUCUCCCCUCCCCUCUUCUCCUCUCUCCUCCCCUCUCACCUCCCCUCUUCUCCCCUCUCCUCUUCUCCUCUCUCCUCCCCUCACACCUUUUCUCCUCUCCUCCCCUGUUCUCCUCACUCCUCCCUUUCUCACCUCACCUCCCCCCAGGCUCUGUUGUGUUUUAUGGAUGAGCACAGAAACAAGAGGGUGCCUUCUGCGUUGCGCUGCAUUGUGGAAAGUGUUUAACUUCCAAAUGAAAUGAUCACAAUGGGUGUUCUACUGUAAUGACGGAACAGUCGGCACCAUGCACUCUCCCAUUGAGAGACUCAGCGUGUGUAAUGAAAUGUUAAACCCCUGAGGUCGAUGUCUACGCCCCCGUGGAAAUCUAAUUAGCAUAAUAUAACAUUCCUCAUAAAAAUCUGUCAGUUUAAGCUAGAGAGCCCUCUAUGGAAAGAUGAGACUCACGAACACGAUGGUGUUCUCCGUUUUGCUCUACGACCCCCACAAGCGUCUUGGGACUCAUCUGAAGUCGGAACAGCCGAUCUGCCAACUUCUGUCUGUAACAUCCGAACAGUUUGGGGCUACACAUUAAUAUGACCCCUCUGUGUAAAGGUGAGACUCUCACGAACACGGACAUGUUUUGCUCUAGGACGCCCACAGGCCUCACAAGUCUCAUCUGAAGGUCCCCCCGAAAAAAUCAAGGGAAGUACUGUAUAUAUGGAGACUGUUUAGUGCCAUAAAUAAAGGGUUAAAUACUAAAAUCCUGACUCAGAUGAAAAAUUAUAUUUUGCCCUUAUUGCUAUUAGCCCAUACAAACGCAUUGAAUAACAGAUUCACUACAUGGAACAACAGAUAGUCCCCCCCAAAAAAAAUCAAAAGGAAGUUUGUUCUGAUGGGUCUAUCCUUUUACAUGUAUUGAACCCCUUAUUUUAUGCACUAAACUAUCUCCAUAUAUACCUCCAUUAAUUUUUUAAAACUGGUAGUGGGGACCUGGGGACCUUCAGACAAGUCUUAUGAGGCUUGUGGGCGUCCCAGAGCAAAACAAACCGACAUGUACAGUACGUGUUCAUGAGGGACUCGCCUUUAUGUUAGUGUCCAGCCCAAACAAACUGUUCGGACGCUACAAAGGUUGUCAGAAGAGACUGUACCGACCUCAGAUGAGUCCCGUGAUGCUUGCUGGGGGUCGCAGAGCAGAAGAACACCGCGGUGUUCGCGAGAGUCUCGUCUUUCCACAGAGAGGUCAUAAUAGUUUGUAGGCCAAACCCUUUCGGACGCUACAGACAUUUUCGUGAGAAUUCCGAUAUGUGGGAAGUCUCAUGGUCUGACAAACACCGCUCUAUGUCUGCCACCUUUCGCCGCAGAUGCGGAAUUGCGAUAUCGGCGGAUGUGGUGGAUUGAGACACAGCCCAUGCAAAAAACCCUGAUAUCUUUAGCUUAAACAGACCGAUUUUGAUGGGUGCCGCGGAAAUUGUAGGAGAAGGGUUCAUUUUCUUGCCAAGUUAAAUAAAGGUUAAAUAAAAUAUACAAAAUAAAAUGAUAAUGUGGUGGUGGUGAUGAUGAGGAUAGUGGUGUUGAUAAUGAUGAUGAGGAGGAUGAUUAUGAUGAUGAGGAGGAUGAUUAUGAUGAUGAGGAGGAUGAUGGUGAUGAUGAUGACGGUGGUGAUGAUGAUGAUGAAGAUCAUGCUGAUGAUGAGGAUGAGGAGGAGAAUGAUGUGAUGAUGAUGAUGGUGAUGAUGAUGAUGCUGACGGUGAUGAUGGUGAUGACGGUGAUGGUGAUGAUGAUGACGGGGAUGAUGAUGAUGAUGACGGUGAUGAUGAUGAUGAUGAAGAUGAUGAUGAUGACGGUGAUGGUGAUGGUGAUGGUGAUGAUGAUGAUGGUGAUGAUGAUGAUGAUGAUGAUGAUGACGGUGAUGAUGAUGAUGACGGUGAUGAUGAUGAUGAUAAGGGACAUUGAUCCUUGA